AUGGGCUCCGAUCCAGACGCUUCUCUUUCUCCAUCUUCGUCAACACCAAACCUCGAGAUACCUAAACGUACCAGCAUGUCGUCGUCAAUCCGCACCCAUUCCCCUCUGGGCCAGAAUAGGGAGGCAUCUCCCUCGCCGUCCCCCAGGUCAGGCUCUGUUUCCCUUCAGGCCGCAGCUACCCUCAACGCUGGUCUUCAGCGCAAGGAUUCACUACGAGGCUCUACCACCAGCCCGCUUAAUACAUCUCAGACCCCCAAGAUUCCCAGCGCCGGUCGUCGCCAAUCACAAGUUCUCAUGAACCUCCAGAUGAACGACCCCUCGAUACCAGCUCCUGGCGAAAUGAUUUCAGACAGCUCCAAGCCAUCAUCCGUCAGCUCGCCCCAGCCCAUCCCCGGCCGCUCUCAGCAGCACAACCGGGCUCCUAGCCUCGGAGAGCUUCACCAGGAGCUUGAGAACGAGCAGGAGUACCAGGUGAACCGUCUGCUCAGUGAAAUCCGGAGGUUACAAUCCCAGCUUCAGCGCCAGCAAUCUUCGGGCGCCAUCAGCGACGAUAACUCCGGACGGGACACGCCUAAUCACAGCUCGACACCACUGAUGGGAGGAGUUUCUGGAACAUCGAUCCCCAAGUCACCGGGCUACCUGCCCCACCCCCGCGGUUCGUUCGACUUCCCUCGCAGCAACAACAACGACCUCAACAAGGCUCGGUCCAGAACGCCGAGUAGAGGCGCUUCGCCUAGGGUGCGCGCCACGUCGAUUAGUGCAGACAGCAUGGACCAGUGGGCCCUGGGAGGAAGGGAUGAGAGUGCCUUUUAUCAGGCAGAGACGCAGAUGCUUGUCAGGGAGAAUCAGAUGUUGAGGCAUCGUAUUCGCGAAUUGGAACGUCAGCUAGCCGAAUCAUCAGGAAAAGACGUUGCCAUCACCCAUGAACCUACUCACGCUUCGGGUCUUCAUCGCUCGACGUCUAUCUCAGAUGUAGAACGUCCCAAGAUGAAUGCCCCUUCGCAGUCGCACCAGGAGGAAGCGAUUGCUGAGUGA